AUGGCGUUGAUACGAGCUCGUCGAUCUCCUUCAGCAGAGGCUCUGGUUCCGCCAGCGCAGGCUCUGAUUCCGAACACCCUUGAUCGACGCCCCCGACCCUUACUGCCCUUCACCGAUGAUGGUCCUGGCACCUUGUGUUCUCAUGGUCCGCGACAUGACAACGACAAGAUCGACUACAAAGAAAUCGAAAUCCUACCCACCGCUGACGAGAUCCUCGCUGUCAGUCAUCCUGUUUACAUGCCAAAGAAAGACCUCUGUACGCCCAACUUCCUCCCACUAGGACCAGCGAGGCAUCGGGAUCUUCUGUUCAGGCAGCUACGAUAUGAUAGUACUGAGAGCAUACGGGACAUCUGCUAUUCUGCCGCUCAGGUUGCCUUUCUCGGAACGAAGAAUGAGGGUGCGCACGAUCAAGAGCAGAUUCGCCAUGAGACAGUCGCAGGAAACCAAUAUUUCCUCUAUCACAAUGUUCGAGUCGAGGAAUUACUUGCGCAUGAAACCAAGGGAAUGCUCGUUCGUAUCAGCUACGACUGUCCAUCUUUCAUGAGAGGUCGGAAAAUGUAUGGCUCUCAGCGGUUUCAAGAGGGCAUGCUUGCGGCUCUGAUUCAGCUUGAUCACGCCACGAACGAGUUCUCUGUCUUCUUUUUCGAGGUCACUCUAGCUCAGACCACUUUCUCGAUGGACAAUUUCAAGGGAGCAGGCAGACGUGCAGCCGUCCAGUUGGCUUUCCUCCCUUGCAGCAAAUACGACGACGUUCUACAGCUAUGUCGCCAUCCUUUGGGGCUUCGCCAGCACUGCGAGCUUUUCCUCGUUGAGUUCCCCAAAGUGCUCUUCGCUGGGAUUUACACCUGUUUGAAACGCCUGCAAGAGAUGGGAGAUACGGAUUUUGCUUUUCAGAAAUACGUCGCUCCAGGAAUGCCGAUGGAGGAGGCGUUGCUUGCGAGGGAGCACAAUCUUACUACUGGAAGUCCUUCGAUGAUCCGGUGUCCUCCGCCCACCUACGCAACCUCGCCUGCGUUCACAUACAACAUGAGCAAGCUUGUGCCCUCCACCAGCCAGAUUGCGUCGUUGUCGCUUCAAGAACUUUCUGACGAGCUGAUGCUCCAUCGUCUCAAACAAGAAACCAUGUUGGAUGAUGGCCAGGCAACGGCUCUGAGGGACUGCCUGAUGCGAGAGUUCGCGCUCACUCAAGGACCGCCGGGCUGCGGGAAAACCUUUCUGGGCGUACAGUUGGCCAAAACUCUCCUCGAGUCGCGGCCAAACCUCAAACCACUAUUACUAGUUUGCCUGACGAACCAUGCACUCGACAGUUUUCUUGCCGAUCUUCGUGAUGCUGGCGUCAAAAACCUGCUCCGAAUUGGGUCUGGUAGCAAACAGGAAUGGACAACUACUAUCAAUAUCCAGACCUCUAGACGGAAGGCCCGGUUGCCAAGGGAGGAUUCGAUGACCAUGGCUACUUUCACAAAGAGGAAAAAGGAGACAUUUGCGGCGAUGGAUGCCUUGUGCAAAGCGCUCUCAUCCCAGUACCACACUGGAGAUGUAUCGUGGCAAUAUGUCCAAGAAAACCUCUCCAAUCAUUAUCCAGAGAUAUAUGCCCAGCUUUCGACCAACGCAUCAUCUUCACAUGCCAAAGCCUUCACCUUUGAAUACUGGUCAGGAGGAGGAGAUCUGGAAAACAUACGAAACCUACACGUCGAGCUCGCUUCCAGGCUUGCAGAGAAGCCCGUCAACUAUGACCAGUCUGCGUCCAAUGAGAUCCAGGACAUUCUUCUGGAUAUCUCCUACUACGCCGAGUUACAAAGCUCUAAGGCUGGCGCUGGUAGCAUCUGGAAUAUGAGCUUACAACGCCGCCAGCAGCUUCUUCAAACAUGGGAAGCCGAAGUAAAUCGAGAGGAGUUUGCCGUGAAGAUGGCCGAUCUGCAUUUUGAGCUUCAGCAAUGUUCUCAAGACAGCAAGGGAAUCCAUGACGCGCGAGAUGUCAAGAUCAUGGCAGCGCACAACAUCAUCGGCAUGACAACAACAGCGUGCGCUGCCCGGUGGGAGCUUCUCCGUUCUCUCGCAGUGGAAAUCCUUAUUUGCGAAGAGGCUGCUGAAGUCAUGGAGGCUCACACUUUGUGUUCCUUGCUCCCAACUCUGCAACAUGCAGUUUUUAUUGGGGACCCGCAGCAACUACGACCUGAAGCGAACGAACAAAGACUCAGCAUUGAGGACCAUGUUGGAGCGGAUUAUCGCCUUGACGAGUCAUUGCUUGAACGCCUGAUGCUGCCCCGGGACCCCUCUGCCUCAGCCAUUCCUACAAGCCACCUGAAUAUUCAGCGCCGCAUGCAUCCCGAAAUCGCAAAUCUUGCCCGUCUCACAUACCCUUAUCUCAAGGAUCACAUGUCAACUCACAAUCGAGUCCCAUCCUACGGUGUCGAGCACAGAAUGUUUUGGUGGGACCACCGCAUGCCUGAACUUGAAUCCAACGAGUUGAAGUCACACAUCAAUGUCCACGAAGUAGAGAUGGUGGCAGGUCUUGUCGAAUACCUGUUGCGGGAUGGUGCCUACUCCCAAGGCGAAAUUGCGAUCCUAACACCAUAUUCUGGCCAACUUGCAAAGCUACACGAGCGACUAUCCAUCACCUGCAACAUCUGGCUCAGUGACAAGGAUCGUGAAGUGUUACUAGCUGAAGAGUUGCUGGCACUUGGUGAAGAAGGGAGAACCACCAAGGAUGAAGUUGCCGUCUCUGACAUGCUCAGAGUUUCGACUGUCGACAAUUUCCAGGGUGAAGAAGCGAAAAUCAUCAUACUCAGUACGGUCCGCAGUGGAGGUCGUGCCGGUUUUCUGAAAACCGCCAACCGGGCGCAUCUAUCAUCACCCGUUGUGAUGCUCAUCCUGAAUAUCGCCAUGCUGUACAAGCGCCUGCAGACUUCAAGGACGUUACAGAGUGUCCAGCAAUUUGUGGUCAAACACUUGACUGUGGCCACAAAUGUGGAGAGAGAUGUCAUCCGCCGGCACUCCAUUCGCGCCUGA